CAAGUUGGAGUUAAAAAGCCUCCAGAGAGCAAACCCUUUCUUACGAAUUCUCAACCAACUGCACCAUGUCUACCACUGAGCAAACUUUCAUUGCUAUCAAGCCUGACGGCGUUCAGCGCGGCCUUAUCGGCCCCAUCAUCUCUCGUUUCGAGAACCGUGGCUUCAAGCUCGUUGCCAUCAAGCUUGUCACCCCGGGCAAGGAGCAUCUCGAGAAGCACUAUGAAGACCUGAGCUCCAAGCCAUUCUUCCCUGGUCUCGUCUCUUACAUGAACUCUGGCCCGAUCUGCGCCAUGGUCUGGGAAGGCCGAGACGUCGUUAAGACCGGACGUGCAAUCCUUGGUGCUACCAACCCGCUUGCCUCCGCCCCAGGCACCAUCCGCGGCGACUUCGCAAUUGACGUUGGCCGCAAUGUCUGCCACGGCUCCGACGCCGUCGAAAGCGCAAAGAAGGAGAUCGCUCUCUGGUUCAAGCCAGAGGAGCUUGUGUCAUGGAAGAGCGCCCAGUUCGACUGGAUCUACGAAAAGGAGUAAGCUGCUCGCAUGUUCUGGCUCAGGCAUUCCCGCACUUCUCCAGAGGGCAUCCAGAAAUGAAGGAUUGUUUGUGAAGAGCUACGGUAGACAAAAGCUAUGUGAUUGCAGUGUCGGCAUCAUUGACUACCAUGUCACCAAAAUGCAGUGCACCGUACUUCAAUGCUCUCUCUUGCUGGUUCGUGCUCUGUUUCAGGCACGUCGACGCUGCUGUGCAUGACUCCGCAAUAGCCCCGUUUCUCUGCUUCACUGUCAAACAACUGGAUAACCACAACUUCCUCAGGCUCCAUGUCCCAAACCCAACACCACUCGUGAUUGUCGCUUCCG